GAAUCAAUCAUACUUCCGGUUAGCAGCAAUUAAGCUAAUAGAACAGUAAACUUCGGCAGCUCUUUCUACGUAUUAUUUUCAAUUCAUCUUUUGCUCAAGCAACGUCUUAUUCUGGACAUCUGUGUUGGUGAAUCUUUUGCAAUGGAGACUGCAAAGAAGAAAGCUGUAGGUGGAAUCGGUGUAUUAGCGGCGGACUACAGCAACACAACCAGGAGGACUUUGAGAUGGAUAGCAGACGCGCUACCGCCUUUGACCUCCGGCGAAUGAUGGAGCAAUUUGGAAUAAACUGGGCAAAGGAACCUGCCAAAGGAAAACAUCUGCUGGGAUUCCAUUGGCUGAUGUAGAGCUAGGUGUCGCUCAGUGAAGAAAUGAGAAAGAGGAGGAAAAGCUUUGACAGGCUCUAAAUUGGAUGCCUAAGUUGACCAACUUGUCGGAUGAUGUCCUCAUCCUUCUACUAUCAAGCCUCCUCAGCCCAGCAGAGGACCUUCUUUGACCAAAAUAUCCCUCUUGGCCUGGAGGGAUUCUGCUUUGGUAGAUGGAUGUAUGAUUUCCCAUGUGGGACAGCCAGAUUUGAAUCGGUCCUCCAGCUCAUCUCGCAGGCUUUCUGGAAUACACGCUCCAGAUGCUUCUUGGGUCUUUUGGGCCACUAGACUCCAUUCCAGACACCUCAACUCUUUCUCCUUCAGACGGAUGAGGGCACGCAGACCGAUGGGGCUUGGACAAGGACUGCCUAAGCUCAGUGGAGAGCCGUCACUUCCUGGAGAAAAAGCUCCUCCCGCUCUGGCUGCUCUUCUGAGUAGCAAAGGAGAACAUGGAAAGGAAGAGGAGGCCCCAGCAGUGCUCGACGAUCUGUAAGAAGGGGAGCAAAUGGCCGACCUCCAGGUCGUCUGGUGACCAACCUGUCGGAGAAAACCAGAAGAAACCAAAGUCAGAAAAAAAUGUAUAUAAAAUGCAAAAAAACAUCCACCUUGUUCUUCUCAUCUUCCACGUUGCUGACGCUGUAUGAUCUCUGCAACUCUCCCUGCUGGGGAGCGGAGUCCGGAUGAUCCACCAGUUCCUCCUGAAAUGUUUCUUUUGUCACAGCUGAAGGACAAGAAAUCCCAAAUUCUUUUUCCAUCUCCUCCAAAAUCUGCAAUGAAGGGACCAAAUGAGCAAAAAAGGCUGACAAAGACAAGGUGAAGAGAUGUCGACCUCUUAGUCACACGUCAGCACAUGAUCAGCUUGGGAUACCUUUUCAUAGUUAUUGUGUACCUUGUCAGCCUUGGCCCAGCUGUCCUGAGCCGCUCUCAGAUGCUCUUUGGGUCUGUCUCGAUCUGAGGCUGCAAUGGGGGCUGCCCAUGACCUUCUAUAGUUGAUGGAGUCCUCCACUGCAGUCAGAGCCCCCUUGAGUUCUGUCCAUAUGACACCCCUGCCCCCUACAGGAGGACAUUUGUGAUUCCUGGCUUUGUGUUAAAGCUCACAUCCAUCAGAGAUUUGGUCCAAAUCGUGUCACCAACCUCGACUUGGAAGUGGAGGAUUCGAUGUGACAUAACCAGACGUGUUCCUCUCUGGGACGUGUCUCAUCAACCUGUGUGAAAGUAGGUCUGGAAAAAGAGGACUGGGUGGUCUUGGUCUCAAAUUACCUGGUUCACUGCAAAGUGUGAUCAUAAUUAAGCGUUAAUGUGAAAUUUGCACGUAAGCUGCUUAUUUUGUUUAAUUUGUGCAGGUGCGCCAUGAUAUAGAGAGUGCAUGUGUGACAUCACCACUUACACUACCUUGGUGCCUUCAGGGACCCCAUCUUCUUGUUCACUUCAGCGAUGAUGCUGAGCAGCGUACCUACUUCAGCUUCACACUGAGCCAACUCUGCUGGUGUAGGCUCCACUUCAGGCUGCCUGUGUAUCCAUGGAGACCCCUGAGCCUGGCCCAGCCGAUGGAGAGGAGCGCUCGGUGGAGCUGCGACCACGAACCCGCUCCAACCCUGAAGGUGCCGAGGACCGUCGUAGCAGCACCGGUAGUCUUGGAGGUGGAGGCAACCCCAACCUAUCACAGCCAGCUGUCGGCAGCCGCGUCGAGGGCGAAGGCGAGGCCUCGACCAGCGACAGUCCUUCGACUUCCACCACGACCAGCAUCUCCACAGCUGUGGCUCAGACUGUGACCCCUGUGGCUGCUACUGCUGCUGUUACACCAAUGCAGCUUGCUGCUGCUGCUGCCGCCAAGGAGCGUCCCAAGCCCACACAACAGCUGCCUCCACUGUCAACCCCUCUACCUCCACCAGCAGAGUACCAGAUACGAGUUCCUCGGGUCAACUGUCCAGAGAAAGUGAUCAUCUGCUUGGACCUUUCAGAGGAGAUGUGUUUAUCAAAGCUGGAGUCUUUCAAUGGGACUAAAACAAAUGCUCUGAACAUUUCCCAGAAGAUGAUUGAGAUGUUUGUGAGAACUAAGCACAAGAUUGACAAGAGACACGAGUUUGCUCUGGUGGUGGUCAAUGACGACGCUCUGUGGCUGUCAGGCUUCACUUCUGACCCCCGCGAGCUGUGCAGCUGUCUAUACGACCUGGAGACCAACGUGUGCGAGACUUUCAGUCUGGAAGAUCUUCUCAAUGUUAUUCGUCAGAAGAUUGAGCUGCCAUCGAUGGAGAACAUCCAGACCGUUCCGCCUCCUUACGUGGUGCGGACUGUGCUCAUCUACAGCCGCCAUGCUGGGCAGCUACAACUCAACCCCUCUGAGGGCGUCAGUAAGAUGCUCCAGUCUCCCUAUUUUUUCUUCGACGUGGUCUACCUACACAAUGGGGCAGAAGAUCAGGGGGAGGAAACCAGCUGGCGGGAGAACUACACGGCUUUCUGCAACCUAGACUCAAAGGGAAUGGGUUAUCGCUUUGAGGUUUCUCUGAGCGGCCCUGCCAUCGAGCUGCACAACUGCAUGGCCAAACUUCUGGCUCACCCUCUGCAGAGACCUUUCCAGAGCCACGUGUCCUACAGCCUCUUGGAGGGGGACGAGAUGCAGGACGUGGAGGCCACAGUCUAGAACAGGACUUUGUUCUGUGAGGUUCAAACGCACACUGAAUAUUAAUAGACUGGCACAGGGAUUGUCCAAAAACACGUACAUUUAUCUUAUCUUGUAGGUUUUACUCAUGACUAAAGACUGGCUAAUAUUUAAAGAAUGACAAAAACAUCAAGAUGAGACCACCUUAGUACACACGUAUGCAAUAUCAAUCAACAAAGAUGUGAACUGGAGCAUAAUGUACUGUUGUGUACUUUCUGUGUGGAAUAUUUUUACGUGGUCAUCUGCACCUUUACUAAAAAAGAAAUGGUUUGUUUUAGUCAUGUUCUACUCCCGCACGAACACAUGAUUGCAACAAAUGGAUUUGGCGCAACCUGUUUACCCUCAUAAACACAUUAUAACGGGACUAUCUGUGAAUGUAGCUUGUCGGUAAAACUCUGUAUAGUCGGUUCAAAAACAGUUUUUCAAACUGGACAAAAUGAAGUGACAGAAGAAAGUUUAUUUUUCUAUUUCUGAACAUACUUGGUUUUUUUUUCUCACGUUCAACAUUCCUGUCUUCGGCCGCGCUUACUCUGCAUACCAAAUUGGAUUUUUUUUCCCUCAAGUGACACAGAUCUGAUUAUUUUUUUGCCAGUCUAAAAGCCCCAAAGUGUUUCAAAUCGGAUCUUUUUGUAUCAGAUUCAGGCCACAUCAGGAUGUAGUCCUGAGUCUGAUCUUUUCAAAUGUGACUUCGGUCUGAACGCAAUGCAACCCUAAUGUGAUAUUUUGUCGGCUUUGGGCGAGCUACGUAACUUGUGUGCGCCAGGAAAGACGCAGUCGCCAGCGGAAGUGAAUAUUUCAUCACAACAUCCGGUUUUGGUGAGCAACGUCUAUUAAAGACGAUUGCAUUUUUGGUGCAUCACUUGUCAGUAGUGCGCAAAUAACAAGCUAUAUGUAAUGCAUAAAUAUAUAUUUUGACUCCGAAGAAAUGGCGAUUGUUGAAGAACCGGACUUGACGCUGUACCGCAUUUUCUUACAUGUGAGUUGAAUUAUAAAGCUCCUGUAGAUUCA